CACUCCGACGUGUCGCAACACCAAGAUGACCUACCACGGAGCGGCCAGGUACGAGCAGGUCAACAUCCCGUGUGACCUCGACGCCUACCCAACACCUUUGUCCUUCCGCUGGACCUUCAACAACAGCGGCGAGAGCGUCGAUAUUUCCCCGGCCCACAUCCUGGUGGAGGGGUGGCGGUCCACAGUCAGCUACACCCCCAACACCGAGCUGGACUACGGCACCCUACUCUGCUGGGGCAUCAACUCGGUCGGCCUGCAGCGACACCCCUGUGUCUUCCACGUCUUCCCUGCUGGUCACCCGGACCCCGUUCACAACUGCUCGAUGUACAACUUGAGUGUGACUGUGGUGAACCUCCGAUGCGUUGCUGGCUUCGACGGCGGCAUACCUCAGACCUUCAUACUGGAGCUGUACGAAGUAGGGGCGGACCACCCUCUCGUCAAUGUCUCAAGUUCGGUGCCCAUGUUCUCUGUGGGAGGGCUGCCCGGGGGCCUGACCCUCACCGCUCGCGUCUACUCCUUCAAUUCCAAGGGCAACGCCGACGUUCUCACCUUCCAGGUCUACACCAUCAAGGACCAGGACCAAGCCGAGAAACGCAUCGCGGCGGUGAAGCCCUCCCCGCCACCAGAGAAGCAUCAGCAAGAGGACCGCCUGAUAGAGCCUAUCAUUGCCGUGGUGGUGGGCGUUCUGGGCUCUCUUCUGGUAGUGUUGGCAGUCGUGUGCGCCCUCGUCAGAAUCCACUACGGCAGGCGUGGCAGGGCGUGUGGGCGGGCAGGGCUGAAGAACCCUGUGGGCAGCGAGGAGGAAACUAGAAUAUCCCCGUCAAUCCUGAAGGACUUGCCCCCUCCCUCAGCAUCGUCAGGGGCGGAGUCCUGGGUGGUUGGUAGUGUGACCACUAUCAGUUCCGCAUCAAUGCCGACCACCUACACCACUUUGCCUCAGGCCUCGCACCUGACCACUCCACCUAAUUACCAGCCUUGUGGCACGGAGGACCUCCAGUAUAACGAGCUGGUACUCAGUGGAGCCGUGAGCACCUCCACUCUCCACCAACACCACGACUCCACCCCACACUCGCCAACACCCCUGCACCACCACCACCACCAUCACCACCAUCACCAGGACCCAACCACGCGUUCUCCCACGCCCUCUCAUCACCAUCACAACGACUCUACUUCACUACAUUCCCCGACUCACUCUCAUCACGCUACUCUAGAAGACACCCACGGACACUCACACUACGCACCCCCUCACCAUCCUCACCCAUCCUACACCCAUCCUCUAGCCGCAGUGGCCGCCCCAACACCCGCCUACACCGUCCACACGCCCACUCCGCCCUUGCUCAGCGGUCACCAGCAGGCUGGGCAGCCCAGUCACCCGCUAUGGUCACCCUCCACAGCAUCUAUAGGGCGGAGGCACUCCCUCAGGCGUGAUUUUCAUCCGUGUGAUCCCGACGUGACGGCGCCGCUCAUCGCCAGUCAGAAGGAGAGUUCAGUGUGAGGUGCGUCACUCAUACCUCCGUAACGUGGGUUUAUUCAUCACUAUGAGUGAUGAUAUAUUGUGUGUGUGUGUGUGUGUGUGUGUGUGUGUGUGUGUGUGUGUGUGUGUGUGUGUGUGUUUAUAUGAACAGGAUAACUCAUGUUCAUGUUCAUAUUUUGUGGAAUUGCGCUGGAGAAUAGCUAAUCGUUCUCACCUGUAAACUUGAUCAGUACAAUCCGCACUAAUCAUUACCUGACCAUCUCUCUCGCAGACAUGAAGAACACCUUCAGAUUUCCGUGACGUCUCAAAUCCUGAGUUGAGCAAACAAAUACGCACACACACAAAAAAACUUUAGUUAUUUAAAGUUGUUCUGGUGAGCUGUGAAACAUACACGAGGAGAAUGUAUGUGAACCUUUUCCAAGAAUUUCAGGUAAACAGGAAAUUAAUGAAAAUAAAUAAGCAUUAAAUUAGAUAAGAUUGAGAUGAUAAUCAUUUCACUGACUUGCAGUUUUUAUUUGGUUGUGAACAACAGUGACUGAAAUGAUUAAGUGGUUAUGAACUAUUAUUACCUAUUUGUUCAAGAGGUUAUGAACAGUUGUGACCGACUUGUUCAGAUGGUUAUGAAAAAAUUAUUGAUCUGCUGGAUGUAUCACAUGUACUACUCAUAUUGAACUUUGCUCUGUGCCUUGCCAUGAACAAUGAUGAACAUUAUACAGCGAGUUUAGGAAUAUUUUGACAACAAUUAUCUAAUUAACCGAGCAUCGUCUCCUGAGAUUAAUUUUUAAUUUAUUGUAUUUAGUAACUAAUAAGGAAAUACUGAUGGAAACGUUCCAUCGUGGCGCCAUUCUCCUCCUCUAGCAGCCCAUUCUCCUAAAACGAAUGUACAUAUGCUAACUAUUUGGUGGAAAUUACCGAUAUGUAGUGAUGGAGCGUCAAAAAAUAAAAUUUUGAGUUUUAGAAUCUGGACAAUUUUUUUUUAACUGCGACAUUAAUAUAAGACAUAACCUAUCCUAAUUUCUCAUGGAAGUACUAGGCCUAUUACAGGCUAUUUUAGGUCUAAUAUAGUACGUAUGUGUGCUAUACUAUUCAGAGAAUAUACAGAUUUGAAUUUUUUUUUUUUCUGGACUCUAUAGAAUUAAUAGCACAAAAAGUGGUUUCUUGGUAAUCCAUCAUUACAUAUUGGUUCUUUAGACCAAAAUCUUACUAUAAGUACUGUAAUUUCAAGGGGACAGGUUGCCAUUGACAACAGGGGCUUAAAGUAAAGAUUUGCUUCAUAUUUCCAGGGAAAAAUAAUGUCAUAUUCAGGGAAAAUCCUUGAUUGAUGACUGGUUCCUGAUCAGCUCUCUGAUUAGCCAAGAAUCUCAUUACAUGAUCAAUAUGCGAAUGAGAGGUUGGAGCCCUUCAGGUAAUCUCGAGGUGAGGUUCAGGACACUCCUCGAAUUUUAACGAUAUUAAGAGCGGCCCAAAAAAUCGCAAUUUUUUUAUUAAUACCAUAAUAGCUAAAGUUUGAUUUCUUCUACUAAUCACACAGCGAGGUUUCGAUAUACCCAGUUUAUAUAUACUCAGGUAUGGUCAGUUUAUGAUCAUACAAAGAGAUCCUGAAUAUAUAACAACGAACCUAAACCAUUGCUAGAGAACGAGGUUCGAGUACCACAAACAUUCCAAAGUGACUCUGGAACCAACUACUCCAAUCAAACAUAUCCCGACAUCUUCCUCUGAAAAAAUAGAUUGAGAUCUACUCGAUGACUGGAGAAUAAUCCAUAACCCACCCAAUCAUCGCACGGCUUCAGUGCUCCCAGAGCCCCACAUGUUCAUUAGUGGAGUUGAUCUCAGAGUGUGGGUCAUGCUCUGUAACUUGGUCUCGGAGCAUGGGUCAUAUACACUGUCACUACAUCUCGGAGCAUGGGUCAUAUACACUGUCAAUACAUCUCGGAGCAUGGGUCAUAUACACUGUCACUACAUCUCGGAGCAUGGGUCAUAUACACUGUCACUACAUCUCGGAGCAUGGGUCAUAUACACUGUCACUACAUCUCGGAGCAUGGGUCAUAUACACUGUCACUACAUCUCGGAGCAUGGGUCAUAUACACUGUCACUUUCUAGUCAUGAGACUACGAUGUAAACAUACCUCUUAUAUUAGUCAUUAUCGUAUAUGUGUUCUCUCUGUGUUCUCCGAUAUUGGUCACUUUGGUUGACCUUACUGAUGGAACUUCAAUUUAAUGUUCAUUACACGUACCUCUUGUGUUGUUCUGUUCUAUAUAUAUAUACGGCUAUCGCUGCCAAAAUUACCGAGUAAAAUGGCUGUUUGUUAUACAAAAGCAAGACAAAAGAAAAAGCAGUUUCCUAACGUUGUCUUCUGUGAAGACUAAAUACCUACCAGUUGAUUGAUAGUUGAGAGGCGGGACCAAAGAGCCUAAGCUCGACCCCCGCAAACACCACUAGAUGAGUACAACUUGGUGAGUACUUAUAUUAUUUUCAUUAUGCAUAUAUUUGUAAAGUGCUGCUUUAUGAAGUAUAGUGUUUAGGCCAUCAUUUGUAUAUUUAUGUUGGUACUCCUGUGUUCAAUGUAUGUUGUAUCACACAUGGUGUAUGUUGCAUCGUAUGUGGUGUAUGUUGUAUCAUACAUGAUGUAUGUUGUAUCAUACAUUGUGUAUGUUGCAUCAUAUGUGGUGUAUGUUGUAUCACACAUGGUGUAUGUUGCAUCAUAUGUGGUGUAUGUUGUAUCAUACAUGAUGUAUGUUGUAUCAUACAUUUUGUAUGUUGCAUCAUAUGUGGUGUAUGUUGUAUCAUACAUGCAGUAUGUUGAAUCAUACAUGCUGCGUGUUAUAUCAGACAUGCUGUAUGUUGAACCAUAUAUGGUGUAUCAUACAUGGUGUAUUUUUUAUCAUACAUGGUGUAUGUUGCAUCAUACAUGGUGUAAGUUGUAUCAUACAUAGGGUGUAUUUAAUUACGUGUUGUUUGCCGGACCUGAAGCUAUACUGUUCAGUUCAUCAAUAGCCUCUAUAUUUAUAGUAGAAGGCCCAAAUGCUGUGGUUGGGCUGAAACCUAAGCUUGACACGGAUGACGACGGCUGGUACACUCAGUCCAUUCUAGACUGACGGUGGCUGACACGAGUGUCAGACCAGGGCUAAACACAAUUUAUUCUUGCGUUUGGCACGGUCCGUAAUAGCUGGAACUGAUUUUCACCACUGUGCUGAUUGGCAAAGCCUUGUGAAUGGUUGGACUGAGAGCAACUGACGAUUGAGUCCAGAUUGGGUGAUUGCAGCUGACUCUAGUGCCCAGCUGCGCAAAGUGGAUUAUAAUAGCAAUGACAAGACAAAGAGAAACAGCCAAUUGGCACUUGCACUUGUCAGUGCUGAGGUUGGCUAACAUAAGUGUUCAGGACUAGGGAAUACAGUCCAGUCUGGUCUCUGUGCGUGCCUCUGACUAGCACAGCUGAUUGGUAUAAGUUGAUUACCACCGGACACGACUCAAUGGCCGUGAAAGAGGCCUUGUUUGCCUGUGAUGGAGAUUGAACUCAAACUAAUCAGCUGACACUCAGCCUCUGAGACUCAUCGCCUUCCACUUCAUCAUAUAUCAGUUCUUGAUAUUCAGCAUAUGCCUAUCAUCACCUGGAACUCUAUUAUUUGAUAAAACUUGACAAUCCUCAUAUGACAAUACUUGGCAAUCAUACUUUGACAAAACACUUGACACCUGUCACUUGACAAUCAGACGACAUUCUUCCUUUGAAACUGACAUUACAUAGAUCUCAUUAUUUCUAUAUUUUGUGCACUGUUGUGUGUACAUAAGUUUUGCAUUUAAAGCCUGAUUGAUGUGUUUUUUUAAUCAGGUAAAAGAAAAUAAUAUCAGUUAUAAACAAACAAUUGUUUCUGCUCCUUAUAUUAGGAUCAUAAUUAUUAUUAAUGUUAUUAUUAUUUAUUAUUAUUAAUGUAAUUACUUCUCGUCAUCCAUACGACAACACGUCACUGCUUCUCUGGUACAGUCUGUGUAACUCUACAGUCUGUGUAUGUAACUAUGCAGUCUGUAUGUAACUAUGCAGUCUGUGUGUAACUAUACAGUGAAGUUCGUGGUUCCCAUUCAAGACCAAUUUGAAUUCUAGUUGGACUUCCAUUCCAGUUGAAUUACCGUCCUAGUCUGACUCCUUAUUCGGGGCUCCCCCUAUGUUGAAUAUUUAUUUUGGGUGAGUUUUUACAUUAGACAGAUGGUCAUUCUGUUUGUCUCCCCAUUGUAGUUGGAGUAAAUUUGAAGAUAGAACAUUUCUUUUAGAUGCCUGGCAAAUCCAGCUGUCUUUCUUUAUCACCUAAAUUCCAUUCAAAAUUGUUUUACAUUUUAGCUGGAUUCCCAUGGGAAUUCUAUUUUCAUUUCAGGUUCACCAUAAUCCAUUUGAAUUUUCUUUCUGGUCAGUGUCCUAUUUUGAUCGAAAUGUCAUCACAUAUUAUUUCAAUUUUCAGUUGGUUUUCAUUUCAGAUUAUUUGAUAUAUCCAUUUUAUUUCAUUAAUGCGGAAUUAGAUGUUUUAUUUUAGAUUCCUUUCAGAUACAUUCUAAGCAAAAUUAUCUACUAUUCAACUUUAAUCAUUAUCGUUAUUUUAAAAAACCCAGAAGAAUUUCAAUAUCAACAAGAUUCUUAUCCCCUCUACAUUACCAAUCUUGUUGGAUUUACCAUUACAAGUGUAUUCAUAUUCCAACUGAAGUCCCAUUUUAAAUGGGUUUCCAUUCCAACUCUACGUCUCUGUCUUGGGCGCACAGAUUUUUGUACACCUGUAUUUUGUAUAAUAAACGACUGUCUUCUA